AUGGCAGCCAACGACAGCCUACUCCUGACGAACGUGGGUGACGAGGACAUGGACUGGGUCAUCGACGUUAUCGACACCAACGAGACCUUUGGAAAAGAUCCCUUCUACCGAGCAGAGGUGGUGCGCACCCACACCGACCUGGCGCAAGAUGUCCAGGGCGAGAGCUGGGAUCACCUCACACUUUUCAACGGCACGGUCGAGCUCGAUGACGUGGUGCAGAGUGUGCCGCUGCCCUUCGACUUCCCACACUACCUGGAGUUCUCGGACAGAAUUUUUGUAACGUCCAAUGGCCACUUCGCUGCAAAAGUGUGA